AGCUCAUUAGGCAAAAAUGAGGUGCGGGUGAAACUGCCACUGUGGAGCUCCUGGGAAAGCCUGGAGGCGAGGGGGCUGCAUGGGGCAUGCUGGGCAGUGCCACCCUGGCCAGGCUAUAAAUGCCCAUUGCGCUCCAGAUGCAGCACCCUGGCUUCUUGCUGUUGCCUGGUCUGCACCAACCCCGGCGUGUAGGAGGCUGGCGAUGGCGUGUCCCCUGGAGCAGGCGCUGGCCGUGAUGGUCACCACCUUCCACAAGUACUCAGGGAAGGAAGGGGACAAAUAUAAACUCAGUAAGGCAGAGCUCAAGGAGCUGCUGAACAAGGAGCUGCCCAUCUUUGGGAGUAAACAAAUGGACGAGGUGGAAUUCAAGAGGCUCGUGAAUGACCUGGACCACAACAAGGAUAGCGAGGUGGACUUUAAGGAGUAUGUCUGCUUCCUGGCCUGCAUCACCAUGGGCUUCAACGAGUUCUUCAAGGAUGGCCCCACCAAGCAGCCCCGCAAGAAGUGACCCCCACUGCCCACAGUAUCACUGCAGGGCUCUCAAUAAAAGCUUUUC